UGCGAGCAACAUCACCUGCGGAGAGAAAACACCGCGUGUCACACUGGAUUUCCCCCGUGGCUUUGGACACACACAUCCUCCAGGUUGCUGUGUGUGUGUUUUCGUAGGAGCGUAGGUUAUAUAGAAGGACAUUUUUGAAGUGUGUCUUCGGUGUAUUGUCACAGGGGGGAAAGGGGCGCCUAAAUCUGUCCCUCUUGAGGACGGGACCCUGUUUGGAGCUCAGAGCAACAACAAUGGACUGCGUUUCCACCGGGAACUCUCUGCUGGAGCCGUGCUGUUCACACACAUGGGACUGUAGCGUUUCACACGCGGACGACAUUUGUCUGUUUGGUUGUUAAACAGUGUUUACGGUGUCGGCGGGUCGUCGGUUGGAGCCCGCGAUGCCCGCGAGGAACAGGUACAACCUGGUGGACGAUGUGGCGGACUCGAGGGUGCCGCUGCACAAUGAGGAGGCGUACCAGCAUGGGAUUUCUUUCCAAGCCAAGUAUGUGGGGAGUCUGGACGUGCCCAGGCCCAACAGUCGGAUGGAGAUCGUGGCAGCCAUGAGGAGAAUCAGGUAUGAAUUCAAGGCUAAGAGCAUCAAGAAGAAGAAAGUCAGCAUCGUGGUGUCUGUGGACGGAGUGAAGGUGAUGCUGAGGAAGAAACAGAAGAGGAAAGAAUGGACAUGGGAUGAGAGCAAGAUGCUGAUCAUGCAUGAUCCCAUAUACAGGAUUUUCUACGUAUCUCACGACUCCCAGGACCUAAAGAUCUUCAGCUACAUCGCAAGAGACGGCUCCAAUAAUUCCUUCAGAUGUAAUGUCUUCAAGUCAAAGAAGAAGACGCAGGCCAUGCGUAUUGUGCGCACAGUAGGUCAGGCCUUUGAAGUGUGCCAUAAGCUCAGCCUGCAGCAUGCGGAGCAGGAUGCAGACGGACAGGCGGAUGGAGAGAGUGACAAGUCUGCAGAGGAAUCCAGCAGUCAUGGUCGUAAGCUGACGGGGGCCGAACAAGGGGAGGCAGAGGAGGACAGCAAACUCGGAGGAAGACGAGGAGGAGAAGAUCCUUCAGCUGGCACCUCACUGUGUGAAAAGGCAGUCAGUGAAAUUCUGCAGAGCCUGGCUGAACUGAACGUGGUCAAACCCGGACAGACCAUCAUAGACUUUGAUCGAAGGUCCCUCUUCACUGUGACGUCCCAAGGCAUCACUCCCAGCAGCCCUUGCUCUCGCUCUCUAACUCCGCUGGCAUCACAGCACUACCUGCAGCUUCUUCAGCAGCAGCUGCAGCAGCAACAGCAGCACACGCAGGUGGCCGUCGCACAGGUGCAGCUGUUGAAGGAUCAGAUGGCAGCAGAGACGGCUGCUCGCAUGGAGGCUCAGGCCCGCGUCCACCAGCUGCUGCUGCAGAACAGAGACUUGCUGCAGCACCUGGCGCUGCUCGUGCAGCAGCUGAAAGAGCUGGAGGCCCGCACCUCGAAAACACAACCAGGCCAGCCACAACAGGAGCCUCAGGUGAACGGACACAAUGGUCAGCAGUCACCAUGCAGCUCAGUGUCGACAUCAACAAAAGCUCUGUCUCUGAAUCUGAAGAACCUCUACAGCCAGACCCUCGACCAACUCAUCACCUCCACACCUGCAUGGCCACUCCAAACCUCACCCCUCUCCCCGAACCAAGUGGACUGUGCUGAGUCCUACCUGAACCUGCUUAACCUGGAGAACAGCACUGAACCAGUCACAUCAGUCAACGGAGACCUGGACCCCUUUAUCAGGGCCAACGGGACAGCGGACAACAAGGAGAGCCCGUGCAAUGAGAUCGUCCCCUUGACCUUGAGGAACUCCGCUAGCAUGGAUGAAAAGUACAAACAGACGAUCCCCAAACUUGACCCUCCGCCCUCCAUGAACCGAAAGCGGGCCAGCAGGACCUUGUCUCCGGGGUCCGAGGUCGCACCUGUGCCCACGAUCGGUGAGGUCACCGCUAACGACGGGGCCCCCAGCCGCAGCAGCAGCCUGUCAUUCCCGGACAUGACCCCCAGCUCUUUGUCGUCUGCUGAUUUUCACUCGCUCAGCAACGGAGAGAGCAGCUCCUGUUCGGCCAGCGAGGAUUCGGGCGUCCGCUCUGAGACCAAGUCCCUGCUGUCGCCACUGCGCGAUGACGACGACCUCUUCGGGGACCGCGGGACCUUUCUAACAGCCUCCAGUGGCUGUGACAGUCCCCUGGAGGACAAAAGUGAAGUGAUUCUUUCUCCCUCUGAGUCCGCCGAGCCCCCGACUUCUCAUCCGGACACCUGUGAGCACCCGCCGCCCUUCUCCUCUCCCAUGAAUGAUACCUGCCUUCACAUCAGUUUCUCUGAGGACGAGCUGCUCGAAAGCAACCAGGAAGACCCCAAUGUCCCACAGCGGAGUUAGGAAGAUGAGCCGAGGGGCCCCUGGAGAACUCCCACUGUCCUCAAAUCAGCUUUUAAUGCAAUACUUCCCGUCAGACCCUCUUUUGUUUGCUCUGGGCUCCAGUUCAGGACCUUUUAAUUAUUUUGUCCAGACAUAGCAUAUACCAGUUACUGAUAAAUAAUCUAUUGUAUAAAUUAUUAGUCAAUGGACAGAUUUAGUAUUUUUGUAAUGAAAUGAUUUACUUUUUAGUGACUAGAAAGUUAAGCAGAAUACAUGUAGCAAUUCGUGCACUGUUAAGGUCACACACACCGUAGAAUUCAAAGAAAAUGAGGGAACACGUUUUAUUUUUGCUAGUAGUCAACCUUAAAAUGUUAUUUUGUACGGGGCUUCGCUGUGGUGCAAACUGUUGUGGGAAAUACUAUUUUCUGCAGAUCACACGGGGUGAUCGUGAGGAUCACGCACAUGUUGGCGAUGUUGGGAAGGGCCUCGCUUUCUGUGAAGCACCUGAGCAGGACGAUGGUCCGAGAGAAAAGAACAGGAAAGUCAGAUAAAGGAAAAAGAGAGGAUAGAAGCGAGCAGAUGUAGUUGUGUUUUGGUUCAUGCACACACAUUUGUGGUUGUGUGGUUUGUUUUUUUUAUUAUCAGAGUUGAGUUGGUUUUUAGAAUGUUUUGUGCUACUUGUACUUUGGGUUUUUCAGACCUGCAGGCUGUGAAGCAGCACUGGAAAAAGUUAGUAGAAUAUCCAGAUGGAUUCUUCUGACUCUGUAUGCAGCAUGGAUGUAAUCCUACAAGAACAUAGUAUGAGAUGUGUUGAGGAACAGCACAGGGAGAAAGCAAUUGAGCUGACGGCUAUUAAAGCUUUGGAUCGCACCUGUCUGGGUGGGGACUGCGAUAUACAGAAUGAACCCUCAGACUCAAUGCGAAGGUUAUUAGAGAAUCACAGAGGAUAUUGGAAAAAGAGAGCUGGGCAGGUGGAGUUUCUGUGUUCUGCCUUAGCAAAUCUGUUUUAUUUGAAGCUGUCAGGAUAAUUUAAGCUGACAUUGUGAAUAUAUUUAACAUUGAGAACAAUGUUUUGCCUUCAUUGGUGCACAUCAAUGUACAGUUUCAGCAAUUAGUCAAUUAAUCGAUGAGACGAUCAACAGAUGAUCUGAACAAUUUCUAUAAUCAGUGAAUAGUUUAAAUCCUACUUUGGCAAAAACAAGCCAAAAAAUUUACUGAUUCUACUUUCUCGAUUUCUCUGAUAUUUUUGGGAAUAUUUUGCUGUUUUUUAAAAAAAGAUAUUUAGACUGAGAUUUCUGACAUUGUGUAGAUUAAGCAAAAAAAUAAUCCUAGAAAAUGAUCGGCAGAUAAUAAGAAUUAUCAUCAUCAUUCAAUCAUUUAUUGGAGCUGUUUUUAUUUGUUUUAUUUUUUUUAAAUGCAUGUGGCAAGAUUUUAUUGUGUAUUAGCUACGGGUGUCCCUGACUAAAUAUGUAUAUAGUCAAAUCUGAUUCUUCAAAUGUAGCCAAUCGUCGACUGAUAGUCCCAUCAUGUCAUUUUUUAAUUAAUUUAUUUAUGAUAAUUUCUGCUCAUAUACUCAUUUUCAAUGUUAAUUCACAUUUUUUACACACUAAACAAAAGAGCUGAAACACCCAAUUAAACAAUGUUUUCUUUACUUUAAUUUACUUUAUGAUAGGACAUGUUCCAUCCAGCGGGUGUGUUGUGUGUCGGUGCAGCGCUGUGCUUAAUACUGAAAGGGAGUGUGAGAGAUCAGUAGACACAACAUGUCACUUAGUUUGGUUUCUGCUUGCUUUUCGUUAUCUUUAACAGAACUUUCAAGUUUCUCUUAGAAGAAAAAAGAGAGAUACAAGCCGUAAACAGCUAAAUCUACCAUCCUCCUCCCGCUGGUUUGACAGAGCCAUCCAUAAGUAAUUUAUUGCUCUGCAGGAGCCAUGCUCUUAAGUGAGUGCCCUCAUUAAUACAUUUGUACCAAAAUAGGUUAUAUAUCCUGAUUUAUUUGGAGAAAGCAAGAAUUUCUAUGUAAAAUCAGACAUUCAGCACCUCCAUGUACCACAAAUGGAACACAAUUUUGUUUUUAUAACCACAUUUUCCUGCAAAUGCGAUGAUUGGACUCUGAGACUGGCAUUGGCUCCUUUGAUCAAAUCCUUAAAAAGUCGACUAUCCGGGGUCACUCCUAGUUAUAGUGUAAGUGUUUUAUUCUACUGAGUACAGGUGUAACCUUUAACAGGUAGCAGUGAUAAUAAACGGACGCGGGAGGGAAAGAAGCUGAGGUGAGAGUAGAGAGGUGGUGUAAAGGUGCCGGUGUAAAAUGCCCACAGGCCAAGCUUUUUACACCCUGAAACGAGGCUGUUCUCAACAUCACAUGUGGCAGGAAGCUAUAUCAGCAAUAAUACAUGG